AUGAGAAGAAGUACUGCAAGGGGGCAUCUCGAUGAACGUAAGAGUUAUUUUAAGGGUUCUACGCUUUCUUGCCGUGGGGAUGACGUUUUGAGUGAGGAUAAGAAGAAUACACUUCUCAAUAAGAUUCUUCCUGCAGCAAUCAAGUUACACAGCGAUCUUCUUCUCGUUAAGCAGUUGGAAACUCCCUUCAAGGUGCCGGAUUUUGGCAAAACUCUUUGCUCUCACUUCACAGUUCCACCUACUCACACCAGUGAGGGUGUUAAAGACACAUAUAUGGUGCUGUACAUUGCCGUUGGACCCUCAAAUACGCCUUUUAUUGAUAACUACAACACAAGUGGAAAUGAAUGUCUCUCUUGUGGUGAGAGGAAAAACAUUCCUACUGAAAAGAGUAUUAAUAGAAGGCGUACACAACUCCAUGUGCAUGGGAUUACUGCUAUUCUACUCCUGACAUGGAUGAGCAAAAAUAAAAAAACCAUUAUCAAGUGGAAGCCGUGGAAAAGUCAAAUACUUAUUACAAGCAACUACUUCAUUAAUGUACUUGGAAUUGCAAUAAUAAAAAUAGUGUAUCAAGUGGAGUUGGUGGGUUAG